UAUUUAUUUUGAUUUAACAAAACUAUAAGUCCAUGUGUUUGCUUCUCCGGGUCCAGUUUGAGUGACAGGUGAGUGUCGGCAUCAGGUCCACUGAAGAGAGACAGUGAGUGAGUGACUCGCAGCUUGUUUGAUAAACUCUCACAGACUUUGAAUGUAAACGCUGUGGCUGCGCUUCGUCUAUCCAGCGCACUUGAGCAGUGUUACUGGAGGAGGUGGGGAGGAGGGCCUCAGGGGCGAGCACACCCCUACCGCCUCUGUCAGACUAUAACAGAGACUAGCAUUUAGUCAUUCUUCACGAAUGCUACACGGACACGGUUAUUUAUGUGCUCAAGUCCAGUGUAAGCUGCGGACCACGCGAGGAUCUAUUCGUCUUCUCCCACGGAGCCGAGGACCACCUUCUCAUUUCUGCCGUUUGGUUUGUUGGAACAUUGCGUCGUGGCCGCUGGAGACUUUUACGCACAGUUUUUAACAGUGAAAAAGGACAAUGCCUCGAUCUUUUCUGGUCAAAAAGUACUUCGCGAGACAAAAGCCAAACUACAGUGAACUGGAAUGUCAGAAUGACACUUCACAGGAGAGGUUUGCUCUCGCAGAGCUCUCACCAGGAGAUGACACCUCAGCCACCUGUUUCACGGCAGGAUUAGUGUGGGACCUCAGUGUGCUGCCCGCCCUCUACAUGCCCACAUCCCAAAUAGAGCCCUCUGCCACACCAGGCCCUCUGGACCUCAGCUCCCCAUCCAGCCUCAGUAGCAGUGCCAGCAGCAGUGGAGAAGAGGACGAAGGACGCACAUCAGAUCCCCCCAGCCCCGAACCUGUACACACGUAUGCCCCUCGCCAGCGGAUGAAAUGCACAGGCGUCAUGGCUCACGUCAGUCCUCCAGAGGAGGAGGACAGAGAAGCCCCCAUCACAGCAGCAACAAGGCCGGUCUUCCUCUGCAAACACUGCCCCAAAGAAUACACCAGCUUGGGGGCUCUGAAGAUGCACAUACGCUCACACACCCUGCCCUGUGUGUGCACCACAUGUGGAAAGGCUUUCUCAAGGCCCUGGCUGCUGCGUGGCCACAUCCGCACACACACAGGCGAGCGUCCGUUCUCCUGCCCCCACUGCAACCGGGCCUUUGCUGACCGCUCUAACCUGCGCGCUCACCUGCAGACCCACGCCGAAGUGAAAAAGUACCAGUGUGGCGUCUGCGCUCGCACCUUCAGCCGCAUGUCACUGCUGCAGAAGCACAGCUCCUCAGGGUGCUGCUCCCCCACCGUGUGAGACACGGUGGACAGAGAGAGUGACAGAGGGACCCACUCAGGGCAGUGGAGGGCUGCUGGACACAGAGAUGUGGUCUGUACAAGCCCCGCUGGCCUGUUGAUGACCUAUAAGGCCACAAAAAGUGGCCUCACUUAAGAGACUUGGACGGAAUCAAGCUUUAUUAUGGAUAUGACUUUACAAGCCUCUUAGAUUCCCUGUACCCUGAAAAAAAAAACAGCUGAGGAGCAGAUUUCCUUUCUUUCACCCCUUGUCUGAAGUCCUGAGGCUGGACCAAUAUAUACUGAGCAAUAUUGACACUUACUUGAUUUCAGAACCCUAUGUCAUUGUGCCCAAAGACCAAAUAUGUAGUGAACUAAUUGUGGUAAGAUGUGUUCUUUCCCGUCUCUGUCCUGGUGUGGGCCAACUCAGGAUCGUGGCUCAGACACAGCUGCUGAGAGGUAGGGGUGUGUGGGUGGACUAAAUCUCUCAGCGUGCCUCAUAAUACACACACACACACGCACACACACACACACACAAGCAAAUGCACACACAACUGUCCCUGGUACUGUGGUGUAGAUAGACGAGGUGCUAACAGGUGUCACAGCCACGACCUUCGCCGGUUGAUAGCAGGUGACUUCCGCUGCCCUUGGUUUGCUUGAAAUAAAAAAAAGAGGAAGCAUGUCAUGACAAAAGAAUGGCAUCAGUUAGAUUGUUUUCACCAGUAGGGAUCCUUUAAGCUUCUGCAUCCAAACUUUCUUUCUUAUCUGAUGAAUUCUGAUAUAGGAAAAGCCAUUUUGUCUGUUGUUAUCCAAAGAAGCGUUAUUCUGUGUGAUUGGUAAAGCCAUGCACUCAAGGUUACCACAGUGUUAAUAC